CGUAUAAAUGUUUCCAUGACAAGCCGUGAGUUGCCGCGUUUUGCAAAUUAUUUUGAAUCCAAUAUUACAAACACAAUUCACAAAUGAUAAUCAAUAAUACAUAGAUCGAUGAAUAACGGAAAAGUAAUAGGUUAUAUUGAACUGCUCACGAAACAAAAAUAUAAUCAAUUUUUCAAUCCAAACGUUUGUCAUGUUUGCAAACUUUCCAGCGGAGACUUGAUAACGUAUAAUUACUGCAAUAUGAUUUCUUAUUGUUCCGAGUAGCAUAAGGAGAUGCAUAGAAAUUCACACUCGGAAAUCUGCAUAGCUGUGGCAAGGAUAACAACAGACAAAUAUUUCUCGGAUACGUAUCCUAGCUUGGAACAUUGGAUAGCAUCACGAGACGACAUUUUACAACGAAUACUGCCUAGUCUGUCGCGUUACGUAUGCCAGUACCAAAAGGAGAUGAUAUUAUGUGCAAAGUCGUGUUAUGUGUGUUACCGACAGAUAAACAAAAGUCUUUGCAAUAUUUGCUAUUCAGCCAAUUUUUGUGAUGAUCACCAAAUGGAAUUUAGUUAUUACAUGGGUAGGACUGCGGACAAUAUUACAUUUAUUAAUGGCUAUGUACACAGAAAUGAUCGACAUACUCCUAAGAUGUUAGAUGAUCCUAAUUCAACUCUUGCCUGGACAUUAGAGCAAUAUGUAUAUUCUGAGGUUGCAUCCGAAUCGCUGACAUUAUACUACGCGUCAAAUUUAUUAUCUGUUACACUCAAUGCACGUAAAUACAUUGUUCAACUUAUAGAUGCAAAUAGAAUAGAUGUAGUAUCUUUACAAAUUUAGCAUAUUUUCUUACGUUACUUUACGAUAAAGGAAUUGCAUAUUGUACUUAUCCAGUUGCCAAUAUUCGAAUCGCGCGAUCUAUGUUCUGUUUGUAGUACGUGCCAUAGUAAUAAUGCGUCACUUGAUAUUCAGCUAAUUUUUUGGUGAUCUCCAAAUGCUAUGUAAUCUAGAACAUAUCGAUCACUACAAAGAACUGUUACUAUUAUUAAACGUUAAAUUCGUCUGUAUGUGUAGCAAUAAUUUGCAACUCUAUCUAAACAAACUCAUGUUAACCACAUUUCGUGAUGCUAGACAUUAACAUAACAUGACUACAUUUAUUAACAGAUAUUUAAUAAUGGAAGAUCUAGAUAAUAUUAAAAAAAGAAUUUUCUUAUCCAAACUUUAUGGUCAAACAUUAUAUAUGUGAUAGUAAUACCUGACAUAAAUAUGCUUGAUAAGAACAUUGUUUGAAACUGUAACAACCAUACUAGUACAAAUUCAUUGUGCAUUUACUUUUAAUCUUUCAAACUUGGAUUGCAAUACGCAAAAUAGACAAGAAGUAACAGGUACAAAAAGAAAUCGAUCGUAUAGAUAUAAUAAAUUCUGCAGUUGGCCAUAUAGAAACCAUGUGACUAGUGGAUAUACUGAAAUGCGUAAUUAAUUAAUUAUUCAUUAAUUUAAAUCAUAUAACCGAAUCAGUCAAAGCUUGAAGGUCAGGAGUUAGUUGAUCAUUGCCUUAAUUUUAGUUCAGUAUAUUGCUUUAAACGCCCCUGUCUAUUCUUAACGAUAUUCAAAUAAAUAAUACAUAUCUUUCUAAGGUUUAGAUCAGUUGCAAAUUGAUAGUAUUUUAUUUCUUACAUUCCUGAAAUAUAUAAAACAUGUUUACGUGAGGUAAUAAAAUGAUUGCACAUCGUAUCUUAAAUAUUAUAUUUCGUAUACUAAUCAGUAGUUAUAAAUACCAUAUUCCAUAAUUUUGUACUCAGCUAUAUGUAAUUGUUUUGUAACUCCCUUCUUAAUCGCCCGUGUUCUGCAAGUAACAGACAUAAUUGCGAUAUAUUUUAUACAGAUUACAUUUUUAUGUCCUUCAUAGUAUAGUUUACAACUAAAACCUGUAGCUCGUCACAUGGACAUUUACAAUUUAAAUUAUGGAAAUUUGUCGAGCAGUAUAGAAGUAUUUAAACCUAUUAAUGUCUUAAGGGUU